GAUUCGUCCACAUUCCUCCCCCUGAGCAUCGCCCCUGGCUUCCCCCAAUCACGCUUCCCCCGUCCCUGUUUCUCUUUCUCUCUCUCUUCACUUCCUUCAACACCAAUAUAUCUAUCCCCUUCCUGCGUUACGUUUUCAACAAUCUCAUCUGUUUCAUCUCCUUCAUAUCAUCGUGUGAUAAUGAACUUCUCUUGUUUCACGCCCGACAUAUAUCUCUCCCUCGCAAUUUCAGUUCUGUUGCUUCUCUAUCUGUUUCUGCUUGCUCUGGAAUCUCCAUGGAGCAACAAAGGAAUUGCUUGGCUGCCCCAAGAUUGCAGCUUCCCCUGCUCCUACACAAGCCAUGAUGACGAUACUAGCUGCUCAAUGAUUCUAGAAAUCAAUUCCAAGUUGAGACAUUCAUCUGUUUCCUGAUCAUGCAGACAAGUUACUAGGGAAAAGAAAUUUUCAGAUUUUAACUUGGGGUCUUCCCUCAGAUCGAUGCUUGUGGCUUAUUUACCUGUAAAUUCAGCGAAUCUGUCUUCUUUAAUGAAUUCAUGUUCUUUCUGCUCUGUUCUCCUUUACCCUUUCAGUUCAUAGCUGUGCUCGCUUCUUUCAUGACUAGGAGCAAUUCGAGAACGACCUGUUUGCUAUAUUAGAGUGAUACGGAUCUUCAAAUGUCAGGAAUUUGGAUCCCUCUACUUUAGGAUUGAAGAUCUUAUUUUGGAAAUCACAUGAAUCCCGUAUAUGUAGCGGCAUACGCAUGCGAAUAUCCUCUCAAUAUUAACAGUAAACAUAACAAACAGAGCUAAUAAAGGUGAGCGCGAAUGUGAUAAUGAAAUGGACAUAGAAUAAUGUUGAGUUCUGUUAUUAGUUUAUUUAUUUAUUUUGGGGUCAAAGGACACACAUUUGUCUUGAAAAAGAAUAGAAGCUCAACGGUCCUAAGAAAAUGGCGGGACAAACUGUACAGAACAAAAGUGCUCCAAACAUUACAGUUCCAUCGCAUUAUCUCCCCAAAUAUAGUACGCACAACCAUCUCUCUCUGUGUGUGUCUGUCUCAAUGCCUGCUCUCUCGUUUUAGAAUUCCCAUUUUCUCUGCUAGGAACAAUGUUGGUCUUCCCAUGGUUGUUAUUGAAGUAAUCCCCACCAUCAUCAGAUCGUCGUCAUCAUAUAAUUUCCAAACUGCCGCCAACACUCUAGUGUCGUCCAUGGGAAGCUGCAUAUCCACGCCGGGCAAGACAUUCCCUCGCAGGAGGUCCAAGGAGAGCGUCAAGUCAUGCAUACCCAAAUCUGGCUCUCACGCGCCGCCGCAGCAAAAAGCCCUCAACGUCGGCCCCAUCAACGUCAUCGAGGACCCGACCCCCGACAACAUCUUUGAGAAGUUCGAGUUCGGCAAGGAACUUGGACGCGGCGAGUUCGGCGUGACACACAGAUGCGUGGAGAUUGAGACAGGGAAGGCGUUCGCGUGCAAGAAGAUCGCCAAGACGAAGCUUCGCACGGAGAUUGAUAUCCAAGAUGUGAGGAGAGAGGUGCAGAUCAUGAGGCAUUUGCCAAAGCAUCCUAAUAUCGUGAGCUUCAAGGAAGCUUACGAGGACAAGGAUGCCGUGUAUCUCAUCAUGGAGCUUUGUGAAGGAGGCGAGCUUUUUGACAGAAUUGUCGCUAAAGGCCAUUACACAGAACGUGCCGCGGCUAAUGUUAUUAAGACAAUUCUUGAGAUUUGCAAGGUAUGCCAUGAGCAUGGGGUGAUACAUAGGGACUUGAAGCCCGAAAAUUUCUUAUUUGGAGAUGCAAGUGAGUCUGCUCCGGUGAAGGCAAUUGAUUUUGGGCUCUCCACCUUCUAUGAAUCAGGGCAGAGGUUUAAUGAAAUUGUCGGAAGUCCCUAUUACAUGGCUCCAGAAGUCUUGAGACGUAACUAUGGACCAGAAAUCGAUGUGUGGAGCGCCGGCGUAAUCCUUUAUAUUUUACUUUGUGGAGUUCCACCCUUUUGGGCAGAAUCUGAGGAAGGAAUAGCACAGGCGAUCAUCCGGGGAAACAUCGAUUUUGAAAGAGAUCCUUGGCCUAAGGUUUCAGAAGAAGCAAAAAGCCUAGUUAAAAACAUGCUUGAUCCAAAUCCAUACAGCCGAUUAACUAGUCAAGAAGUUCUUGAACAUCCGUGGAUACAGAACAGAGAACAGGGUCCAAAUGUUUAUCUAGGAGAUCAUGUACGAAUGAGAAUCAAGCAAUUUUCCUUGAUGAACAAGUUCAAGAAGAAAGUUCUUAGAGUGGUGGCAGACAGCCUUCCAACUGAGCAAAUAGAUCGGAUCAAGCAGAUGUUCCAUAUGAUGGACAAGGAUAAAAAUGGAAACUUGUCGUUUGAAGAGCUCAAAGAUGGUCUUUCUAGGAUUGGACACCCUCUUCCUGACCCUGAUGUGCAGAUGUUAUUGGACGCAGCAGAUACAGAUGGAAAUGGCACGCUGAAUUGUGAAGAGUUCAUCACUAUGAAUGUCCAUCUGGGGAAGAUUGGAAGUGACGAGCAUCUCUCCGAAGCUUUUUGUUACUUUGACAAGAACAAGAGUGGAUUCGUGGAAUUUGAUGAAUUGAGAGAGGCCUUGUUGGAUGAUGACUUAGGUCCCUGUAAUGAUCAGGUGGUCCAUGACAUCCUAUUUGAAGUCGACUUGGAUAAGGACGGUCGGAUCAGUUUUGAGGAGUUCAAGGCGAUGAUGACGACAGGACCAGAUUGGAAAAUGGCAUCUCGCCAAUAUUCUAGAGCAAUGCUAAAUGCGUUGAGCUUCAAAAUGUUCAAUAACAAGUCUGUGAAAUGCGCCUAAAUUUCAUGAGGAAGUAAGCUCAUGAUCAAGAUCCUUGGUUCAUACCUCUCUUGGAAGCUAGGAAGGUUCGAGCUCGACGGCACAACAUGCUGUAAUUAUUUGAGCUCUGUACAGUUGGCUGUUACCCGCAGAAGGAAAUGGGCCUCACAGGCUUUCUGGGGCAGAAAGUAACUAAGGAGUUCUGGUCAUAUCAUGAAAACUGUCAAAUUCUUUUUGUCUCAGAAUGUAAUUUCACUGAUUUACGGGGGAGACUAUUGACAUUGGUCCUGAGAAUGGGAUAUUCUUCAAACUCAAUGGAGAAUUGAAUUGGGGACAGACCAACAGUGAUGUCCAGGAAUGUUUUUAUGUUUGUUGUUUGUGCCGAUUUUCUUUUAUCCUUCAUCUACAAAAAAA